GACUUUCUUGCUUGCACCCCAACGAACACACGAGAGCGUGAGCUCCGGUCCGCCGCCACGCUCCAUUGCUUCCCCCCUUCUUCUCCGUUCGCCGCAGCAGGCCCGAACACGCCGUCGACAUGUCGACUCCCAAACUGCUCGCCCAGACUCUCCCGAGCCUAAGACUAGCCACCAGACGCACCGCCCCGUCGAUUGCUCGGCAUGUAGUACGGUGUUACACUGCCGCCAGCGCCGCUCCAAGGCCGGCUCCUCCGGCCUGGUCUUCACAGCCCCCAAUACGCCGCUCGCUCUGGUCCGCCGCUUUCCAAAGUCGACCGUUUUCCGUCUCAACCGCCGUCUCCCACGGUCAUAUCCAGCCCCCGAAACCUGGUGAAGAGCUGUACGUCACCUUCAUCGACAAGGAGGGCGUCGAGCACAAGCUCGCCGUGUCCAAGGGCGACAACCUGCUGGACAUCGCGCAGGCCCACGACCUGGAGAUGGAGGGCGCGUGCGGCGGCUCCUGCGCGUGCUCGACCUGCCACGUGAUCGUGAUGGACCAGGAAUACUACGACCGGAUGCCCGAGCCGGACGACGACGAGAACGACAUGCUCGACCUCGCGUUCGGGCUGCAGGAGACGAGCCGGCUGGGCUGCCAGGUCGUCAUGACGCCCGAGCUAAACGGCCUGCGGGUCAAGCUGCCGGCCAUGACGAGGAAUCUGCAGUCGAGCGACUUCAAGUGAUGGCCCUCCUUCCGGCGGGGCUGUUUUCUCUUUUCUGCGGCUGGCGUUAUGCGCAAAUGCGGGCGGGAGACGGGGAAAGUGUGUAUAGAAUACCAAAAGCAUGGCCUGGACUUGGCUUGGGGGCAGGAAGGAUGUACGCCAUGUUUUG